UCCAGGUGUUGUUGUAUAUAAACCACUUUUCAUUUUGUUAGUUCCUCGUACAACUGGUACAAAAUAAUUCUCCUAUCGGUGCAAAAUAAGCAAAUAAGAAGUCCUAGUUUGAAAGCCGCGCCACGUUUUUGGAUUUUUUCACCCAUACAGCACUGCACGCUGUUAUCUCUAUCUUCUUGAGAAAUUGAUCAGCACUGCUGCAAAGAAAUUUUGCCACGCGACUCACCGGAGUGGCGAACAACUUCGAUCUCAGGAUCUACUUUCUCGCAUCAGACGCGCACAGAAGCACAGCCAGGAACACACCGGCGCUCGAUCAGUUCGGCGUUUUUUAUCAACAUGAAAGCGCCACCUCCGGGAACACAGAAACGGGCUGUGAAAACCACGGUCGGCAAAACGGGAAUAAUGAAACAAGCCUUUCUACUCUCCCACUACUUGACGUUCUUCACGCCCGGCUGUGAUGCCCGCGAGGGGCCGCCCUACCAUUUUCCUGUUUUUACAGUGGGCGAGCAUGCGGACCGACUAAAGCUGAACCAGGGAGAUGACAGCUCAGCCGGUCACGGCACCCGCGGCAAGGGGCCUUUGGCGGCGCAGGUUUUAGCGUUUUUGCACGAACAGAGCACGGCGCUGGCGGCGAAGUUCGCCGCACGACAGGAGGUGGAGCAGCAGCUGGUGCGCAAGAGCAAAUGGCGGAAGCAAGAGGAAUAUGCAUUGCAAAAGUAUUGUACUAGUAUAAAUUGCAUAUACAAAUUGACUCAGCAUUACAAAUUCAAUUUGUAAUGCGGAUUUGCCUUUAAGAAAAAGGUUUGUAAUGCAUAAACGCAAUUAGUAUGAGUACGAUACUUUUGCACAGGAUAAGGAAUCCGUGCUACCCGCCGAGGGCGUGGUGAUCCGGCGCAAGCAGAUCCGGGACGGGGAGUGGCGCAGUCUGUUGCAACGCGCGGCGCCCUAUUGAUUGCAAAUAUGUCUGGGUCUGGAAGAGUCAUGCUGUUUUUGCAUGACACAGAAGGUCUGGCAUGAAAGCUCUAGCAUCACAGGUUUCCAGAAGCCUCCGCAAUGCCGAAUCCGCAUCACAAAUCCCCCAUUUUGGUGACAGAAAGUGGGCAGCUUUUGCUGCCUAUGCAUGGGAGAUUUUUCUGUGUUCUGAAAUGCGCAUCACAAGUUUGUAUUCUUCCAGACCCAGACAUUUUUACAUUUGAUACGCCCGAACACGGAACGGAUGUGCACGUGAACGCCGAGAAAUUAUACGAGUACCAAGAUAUCCUGUGCAGAAGUAUCGUACUCGUACUAAUCGCGUUCAUGCAUUACAAAUUUCUUUCUCAAGUGAAAUCCGCAUUACAAAUUUUAUUAUUCAUGCUGAGGAAUAGAUUUGGCAUGUGAUUUAUACUAGUACGAUGCUUUUGCAUUUCAUACAAGAGUAUCAAAUGCAACUAUGUGUCUGGGUCGUGGUCUGACAGCCCAAGAACAUCACACGGUUCUGAGUUGCCUGGUGUUGAUGUCUACUAUUCUGCAUGACACCCUCCGUUACUGCAUGAGAGAAAAGCGGGGCUCUUGGAUACUAUACCAACGUGCAUGACAGACUACACUUUAGAGUCAUGGGUUGAGAGCGCCUCACGUGACAAUAUUAAACUUGCAUCUUAUGCCCAGAGGUGGACUCGGACAUAUUUGCACUCUGUAAUGACAGAUCCCCGCUGAGUUUCCUCGCGGUCGAUUUCUACAAGUGGUGGCCGUACGACGACGGCCGCGCGAGGAGGGACAGCUGCAUUGCUGGAGAGAUGAACGAGGGCACAAUCAUCCCGGGAGGACGGCAGGAGGAGCGGCAUCGUGGUCCACCCACCAGUCGUGCAUCCACCUCCUCUUCUACUGCACCCAGGGAAGUGGAUGAUGAUCUGCAUGCCGACGUUCGAAAUCAGUUUCAUUUUGCGCAGGAGAAGACGAAAAUUGCGGCCCUGCUCCUGUCCCAUGGUGCCGAAGUACUAGGGCGGACAGCGACCAACCCCCUCCGCCCCUUAUCCUGAGCAAAAACGUCCCCACCCCAUAGUCGAGUUGCUAAAUCUGCAACACAAAUCUCCAGGCUUUGGAAAUUGUGCAUGACAAGUUUCCAGCAGUUGCAGUGUAGUCGGGGUUAGCAAGGGAAGCCACAUGAGAAAGCCAUUUUGUCAUCCUGUUUACGGCACUACAAAUGCCAAAACACGAUUGGAAACGCUUCUCAUGGGGAUGCCCAUUACAAAUGUUCUUGUCGUCCCGCAUUUGCAUGACAACUCUGGGGUGGGUGCGUUUUUACACAGGAUACCCCUCGCCGCUGUUUCUCGCUUGGGCGUCGGACGGAGACGCUCUGCUCCGGGAGUGGGAGCAACGCGGCAACAAUGCGGGUUCUGGUAUCAAAUGUAAAAAUGUCUGGGUCUGGAAAAGUGCAGACUUGUCAUGCAGAUUUUCCAUUACCCAUGAGGUCUGGAAUGCGGGACUUAGCAUGGCAGACUCUGCGAGGUCUCUCUCUCUGUCGUGCCCAUGCCUAUCCUGCAUGAGAAACUCUCCUCCAACUUGGGCAAACGUGUACAGCUUUUGGCACUCAUCCAACACAGAUUUUUGCAUGCUUCAGAUUUACCAUGACAAGUUGCAAUCUUCCAGACCCAGACAUUUUUCCAUUUUAUAUCCGGUGGGUUUAACCUACAAACACACGCCUUACUCCCGUUGCUCCGAGCCCACACCUAUCAAAUGUAAAAAUGUCUGGGUCUGGAAGAAUGCGCGAUUUGUCAUGCAGCUUUUCCGUGACCCAUGAGGUCUGGAAUGCCGGACCUAGCAUGACAGAUUCUGUGCGAUCUUUCUCAUGCCUAUCCUGCGUGAGAAACUGCCUCCCGACUUUGUCAAAACUGGACGACUUUUGGUAACCAUGCAACACAGAUUUUUGCAUGCUUCAGAUUUAGCAUGACAAGUUGCAUUCUUCCAGACCCAGACAUUUUUACAUUUGAUAACACCGAGCUUCCCGCGCUGUUUUUGCUGCAUGGCGCCGACUUUAUGCAGUUGUUUCCCCUGGACACCCACAUGGGCGGCAGGCGGUGGACGACGAUGGGCGAGGCGAUGGAGCUGGAAUCUUUGUUGCGGAACCUCGCCUCGUACGGGAGGAGGACCAGCACAGAAGCUUUCCAGGCAAGAACCGAAGAACGAGCGCACGCCGAUCGAGCCGAGGAGGACGAAUUUUGGCACACGGACUUUCUGCCCGGGCUGGCCACCUGGCUGCGCAACGAAGAGCUCCGCGUGGCCAUGGCGGUUUCUGAAGAGGACCGAAAGUUUGAGGCCAGCUUGGGGCUGGUUCGACGAGAUUCCUCGUCCCGACCAGGUUCAUAUCAAAUGCAAAAAUGUCUGGGUCUGGAAACUUCUAAUGCUAAAAGUGAAUGAUAGACGCACUGCGAUACGCAGCUAUGCAUGACAAAUUUUUUGGCUGCCAUGUCUUACGUAUUCCGCAUGGCAAGCUGCGUUCUUGCAUGACAGGUACGAGGGCCUUUUCGUGCCUAUGCAACACAGAUUCUCGAGUCAUGCCAGACAAGCAUGACAAACUUGCAUUCUUCCAGACCCAGACACUUUUGCAUUUGAUACUUCACACCGGCAGAUUAAGGUGCAGCGAACACGGAUUUCGUUUCUGUUGGAACACUUGGAGAGAGAAGUCUACUGUAAUUCCGGGCGACCCGGACCCAAAAGCUCUUCGUCGUGUGCGGCAGAGACAUUGGAAAAACCUCCUUCCCCAUCUGCUGUGUUGGCUGCUCGUCGUUCCAUUGAGGGUCUUCGUCUCCAUGGUGCCAGCACAACAGCAAAUAGUCACCCGACCACAUCAUCCUCGAGGACCAUCGCCAGCGGCCAAGGGUUUAGCGUCGUCAUGAGCUCUCCUGGAAGUAGCUUCAGCAGGUUUCGCACCGCAGAGCAUGCGAUACUGACGGAACCGAGAGACGAGACGAAGAAAGAUGAGGAAGCUCUCGUCCUUCCCUACCGCGGGUUCCUCGACUGCAAGACGGAGGCGGCACUCCUUUGUGUGAAUAAAGGAGCAGAUCAGAUGGAGAGUGGGACGUCGGAGGGGCACGAACUACAACGCGAGCAACCAUUUUUGCCACCGCCAGCUUGUUCCGGUUGUUCUUGUUCCGGCGGAGGGCAUCAGCUGUUCAGCAUUUUGCACCCGGCGGGGCGCGAGGCGCUCCAGCUGCACCGGUACCGUGCGGACGAGCUCUUUUCCGCGGCUUCGCUCCCGAACGCCGUGAAAAAAAGCUUGCGGAAGGCCUGGCGGCACCGGCAGCACGCGGGCGUCGCCCCGGCGCGCCGCCGACCGGUGGACCGUAUCGUAAGAAAAAACUGUUUCACUGUAAGGAUUUUGCAAGUUCUGCACUACAAGUUCGCUACACAUUACAAAGAAAACUUGCCAUGCGUAAAACGCCACUAAAAAUCACUUGUCUUGCAUGUGUAGCAAGACAAAUGCUUCAGUGAUGCAUUUUCUGCAUUACAGGUUUACAGUCAAGCAGUUUUUUCCUGCGAUAGACCGCCGACUGGAGUUACUGCUGCUGCUGAAGGCCGUUGACGAGAUUUCCGCGUUUCGCCCGGUGCCGCCCCACGCCGGGGACAUCACCGAUGCCGAGGGAAGAACGUCGGUCGCGACGGGUUACUUUCUGGAGUACAGUUCGCGGACUGUCGAGGGAAUCCCGCAGUGGCUCGCCGACCCGGGGACCGGGGAGCCGCCGCAAGAAGAACAAGCGGAUACCGACGUCGAGCAAGUGCGACGGAUCGAGAUUCGCCUGCAAGAACAGACGCUGGUGGACUUUCGGAAGCUGGUUGCGCUCUGCUUACGCCUGAACGAAUUGCAUCUGGACUUUUUCGACGAAGAGGGGUGAAACUUUUUGAACGAAAGGUCGUAUACAACAUCCUUGCCACGUAGGUUCAUUUGAGUCGGAAGCCGAGGAAAAAGAGCUAGAAAGGCGGAAGAAACAGAAAGUAAAAGUGACUAUCUCGUCCCAGCACGAUCGUAAGACUUCAGCACCUCCUUCAGCCGCCCUUAUUACUUCUCAAGAAACAUCAACUACCGGCUUGUUUUUUGUGCAGGAGUUGUCACUCGCAUCACGACUCUUUUAGGCACAAAAGAUACACAGAUUGAGAUGGGUGUCGUAUUGCAUUAUUUUUGACGGAAGUCUAGAAGCAGCUUUUUUACAGAGCUGUAACUAGCCUUACUCCGGCGCUUCGGAAUAUUUUUGAUAAUUUUGAGACGCGCAACGCCACUAAAAACGACAGCAAAGAGCGA